AUGUCUUCAAGCAAUUUGUUGCUUCAGCAACAAUACAGACAGAAAGGUUUUAAGACCUAUAGUGAGCUCAUCUCAUGUCUAUUGCUUGCAGAACAGAACAACGAGCUGCUCUUGAAGAACAUUGAGCUUAGACCACCUGGAUCUAAGCAUGUCCCUGAGGCAAAUCAUACCUCAAAUAAGCCUAAUGAUGGUGCUGAAGCCAACCAUGUCCGAUAUGACCCUAAGGGCCGCGGAUCCUCAUAUGGAAGAGGACGUGGCCGUAGAGGUCAUGGGCGAGGACGUGGACAAGGUGGCAACAGCAAAGGGCGUAACACCCCUUAUGACCGUCCAAACCAGUCCAAUAAUGGACAAGGUAAAGGCAGAGGCAAUGGGACUUCUUCAAAGCCACAGAAUCCUGCAAGCUCACCUUGCCAUAGAUGCGGAAUGAUGAAUCAUUGGGCAAAGAAUUGCCGCACAGCCAAGCAUCUGGUCGACCUCUAUCAAGAGAGUCUUAAGGGCAAGAAUCCGGAAGCACACAUGGUGUACAAGGAUGGUGAGGACGAUUUUGAUCAUGACAAGGAUGACCUCAUGGACUUUGAGACUUCAGACAUACUCACUAUGCUGAAUGAUGAUCCAGUCGAAUAA